CCUCGUCCUCGAAGCCGAUGUCCUCUCUGCGCGCGGUGCAUGAUGCAAUUGCCAGGAAGAUAAACAAUGUUCGUGAGGGAUCCCUGCGGUAUAGUCUGCAUUAUUGUGACCUACGUCGCCGUCUUCUACGCAGACUAUGUCGUUGUGCAGUGGAUCAUACUGCACACUAUGCAGAACAGCCUUUGGGGUCCGUUUCAUGUCAUUGCCUUUAACACCGUUGUGUUACUUUUAAUGAUAUCGCACUUGAAAGCGGUAUGCAGCGAUCCCGGGGUCGUACCUUUACCUCAAACCAGAAUGGAUUUCUCGGACAUUCAUAGUGGGAGUUCUAGUUGUAACGAUAGCGACGAUAGGAACGAUUGGACCGUCUGUACUAGAUGCGAAACUUAUAGGCCACCCAGAGCUCACCAUUGUAGGAUUUGCAAGAGGUGUAUCAGACGAAUGGAUCACCACUGUCCAUGGAUCAACAAUUGCGUCGGUGAAAGGAAUCAAAAGUAUUUCAUACAAUUUUUGGUAUACGUCGGCACAUUAGCUUUAUAUGCGAUAAUUUUAGUAAUUAUGUCCUGGAUGUUUGAAUGCCCACAGUGCAGCAACGACAUUGCAAUAAAACAAAGUCGCAUCUUACACUGUGUAAUAUUAGUUUUGGAAUCAACGUUGUUUGGAAUAUUUGUCAUUGCGAUUAUGAUUUAUCAAUUUCAAGCAAUUUUCGACGACGAAACUGCAAUUGAACGCAUACAAGGAACUCACAGUCACCACAAAAAUAGACAUGCUUUUACUUUACUCGCUCAAGUAUGCGGCAAGAGUCAUCCUGUAUUCUGGCUACUACCUUGCCACAAUGCACCUAGAUAUUCAUACAGGCGAGAUGUUCACUUAAUAGAUCAUCAAGUUUAAUAUUACUUUAUAACAAUGAAGGGGAAAUAUCAUUGAAUAAUUUUUUAUACUUAUAAUUGUCAUGGUCUAAGCAUUUAUGAACUAAUUCAUUACAUUUACAAUUCUUAACAUCUUCAGUU